AAGUCUCCGAUACGAGAGUAAGGCCGGUAUUCAUAGUCGAUUCUUAUUUCAAAAUCAUGUUAAGUAUUGUCUUAAGACGCAAUUACAGCUCUGUGAUUGGUUGAAAACACAUUAAGAGUAUACUUAAGAUGGUCUUAAGGGUCUUAAGUAUAAGAACGGACUAUGAAUACCGGCCUAAGUCUUGUAGCGGUUUAAAGUUUUUCCUCAUUUCUAUUCUAAGAAAAGUAUACUACGAUGCAUCAAUGAGAUUCUUCUGCGGUGUAGACGGGUGUAGCUACGCGUCGUCCGCACAUUGACAAAAAACUACAGACGGUGCGCUUAUCUACACCGAAAAAGGUUAAUGCACUACGGUGUCGCUCGGCAAAAUAGGUUAGGUUACAUUAAUUAAAAAAAGAAAGCAUACUCAUCAUCGUCCAUUUUACCAGUGUUGAUUUAUAGUAUAUUUUCUUAUAGAUAAUCUAUAAGAAAAAUGCCACGUGAGGAGAUAAGAGAUCCAAUUUGCUCGCAGGUUAGAUUAGGUUAGGUUGACCGGAGAGAGAGAGAGAGAAAAAGAGAGCUUACAAACACAUACAAUGCGUACGUGUGUACGCCACGGCGAUGCGUGUGAGCCUGUUUCUCGAGUGCCGCGGUACUCGCGCGCGCAAACGCAGUGCGUCCGUGCGGGAGAAGAAAAUAAAAAGAAGCGGUCGUGACACACGCACCUAUCGUGGCGACAUGGUAUCGAUACCUGGGGAGACGCUUUAUCGCCGCCUUGCGAAAUGGACGCUUAUCGGGUUAUCUUCCUCGUUCGUACGGCGCGCUGACUAAUCGAUCGCUGCCGAUACGCGUGCGGAACGACGCUCGUCUCUCUCCCGCGAGUCUGCACUGUCUGCAGUGCGCGCGGUUGCGCAACUCGCUCCGCAACUCGAGAGUCUGUUCCGCGUCUCCGCCUCGAGGACCUCGAGGUCCCCUGAGAUGACGCAGGACUGAGGAGCCGUGCACACCUGUGGAAGAGUCGAAGAGGCGCAAUCUUAUCUACGAGAUGACUCGAUCGGCCUCGAGAGACACUUGGGAACGUCGCGACUGAUCCGUGCUCGCUACGGGCUGUGGAAGAGGUUCUCUGUCAAUAUUUAUUAAGCGAACAUAUGUGAUAGCGGAAGGUAUGAGACAGGCUCGUUAGCCCGCGGGAAAAUGGCGAAAGAGAGAUAUUCCGUCAACCCCGAGGCGAAUACGCUGUGCCACCGGAAGUCCACGCGCUGCAUGAAGAUCCCGCUGAAGUCGACCGAGCAGAUAUACCUGAUAUUUCUCGUGCCGACGCUGAUCAGCUGUUUUGUAUAUAUUGUUCACUUCGCUGCCGACUUGGUGGUAGCUAUUCAACACUUCAAGGAGGACAAUCCGCUAUGGGGAAUGGCCACCCUGGCAAUUCUCUACGCGCCGGCGCUCAUGUACUUCAUACUGACGGUCUCGAGGCCCGACUGGUGGAUGACGGAGGACGAUAAGGUGUCGAAGGGUGUACUCGGCUGGUUCGCCCUCCAAGUGUGUCAGUGCGUAGGAUUUGUGUUCUUCGUAUUAUACAGAUACGCGGGACUCAUUGUACUGUCCGUGGACGCUAUCACUUUAUCCGGGGACGAGAGAGUGAAGACGUUGAAUGUCGCCGCGGCACCUGCGGCCAUCGAAUUGUACUUCUUUCUGCAGGCGUGGUUCCAGGCUGCACCGCAGGCGGUCUUUCAGGCACACCUGCUCUUCAGGCAGAGCUCCGUGCUUCGCAGCUAUCAAUCAAUUAUGGUGCAGGUGCUCUGCAUCGUUAUGUCCAUUGUAGUUGUGGCGAUGAAGACAGCUUCCUUCCAGAGAUUCGAGAGCCAGCGUGUGAACGGCAGGAAACUACCCUGGGCGAUGUGGCUGAAGAGAUACUGCAUUCAGGAGCUGAACAAUAUCGAGGAAAAGGCGUCGCUACAGGCGCCACCCUCGCCUCCAAAGGAGCAAGAGGACACCGUGAACGCCGAAGCAACGCCGCCGGAAGCGAGCCCGGCCGUUGAGAACGAGCAGGAGCUCGAGGUCCAGCCGCACGCGGCUCUGCUGGACCGUCAGGUUUCCGUGACCCCGCCGUUACCACCGAAGAAUGUACACGUGACGCCGCCGCCGACGCCGCUUCGCGGCAUAACGACGGUCGCGCCGCUCCUGGUGCCGGACGUGCCGGCGCCGCCGCGUCCGGAUUCCGUUUACACGGAGGACGAGGCGGCGAGAGCAGCGGCGAGCUCCGAGCCGAACCAAAGACUGAUAGGCAGCAGCGCGCAGAGCCUGAAAGUUCCUAAACGAAAGUAUUCCGAGAAGGGCCUCGAGGAGGACGAUCCGGUAGGAAGGCUCCUGUCCUUCCUCUGGUGGUUCUUCUUCAUCUUGGCGCGCGUGUUAGCCAUCGCCGUGGCCUACGAGUUCUUCCCGAAGACCGUGCUGACGAUGAUGGCCGUGCACUACGCCGUCAUGUUGAUCUAUCUGUUCUAUUACUCCAAGUAUUACGACGUCAUCACGAUCAUCGUCAAUCUCUGGCUCGGUCUGGUCUACAUAUUCAGCCUGAUCGAGUACCGGAUCAAGUUCAGGUAUGCCGACUGGUGGACACUGCCGUACUAUGUGUUCGUGAUCGCGCAGAACGUGGCGUUGACGCUCACGUGGUACGUACACGCCGACUGGAACGGAUUCUGGUACACCUACAUAUUCGGUACGAUUCUCGGCAGCAUGGCGCUCUGCGUCCUCUCGUCCGCGGUGUACCAUGCGAUGUUCAAGCCAAAGAAAUGCCGAGUAUACAGCAGCUGACGAUCGUUGGAGGGGGCACAGGCCUUCAAAUAAGUCUUCUGCGAGAGAAUUGUACUUCCGCUUUUACUUUUGUACAAAGCGUGCAGGUAAACUGUAGAUACACACUCGGGAGAAGUUGAUCGAACCCUCCGGAAGAAACGAAAAUCUCCCGAGCAUUCUGGCGGCUUUCUAUACUUUAUUUACACCUUGUAGAUGUGUUUUCGAUUUUUGUUAAAGCUUUAGAGACCUCACGGUGUUGAGACAUUUGAGAAUAUUUUACACAAAAGUAUAUUCAUUUAUUAAAUCUAUAUUUAUAACUUAUCUAUACUUCUGUAUAUUACAAUUGACUGUCUUACACUAAUCAUAUAUAGAAUGAUUGGUAUAGAAAAAGGCUUUUAGAUAUAAUCAUUGUUAGAUUGGUGCAGAAGUUUCCCAUACUUGCCAAAUAGACGCAAACUUACAAUUUGAAUCAACUCAGAUGAAAUAAUUGUACCAUUUUUUCAUCGAAAAAGUGCUUUGGUGCUCUUCCCAAGGACCAGUUUCACAAACAUCGGUUAACUGCUAACUAGGGUUCAAUCGCGACUCCCUAUC